AUGUCAAAACGAAUGCCCGGGAGAUUUAAAUUCUUUAUUGGUGGAACGGUUUUAGGUGCCUUUGUUUGUUAUUAUUUGAAUAGGCCGAGACAACUAAAAGAAUGGUCACCUUUAACUGGUCCAUAUACGAAAGACAUAUCCCCAAGAGAAAAACUUUGGCCUUCUGUUCCUAUUCCUUUCGGAUAUCCUGGGCCAAUUAAUGAUGCAUUCCCAAGAAGGGCAUAUUACGCUUCAUAUAAUCGACAACUUCGUCAUCCAAACUGGGUAUUUGAACAUUUAACAAAAGAUUCUCUGAAAAUCGGUGAAGGUGUAGAUCGUAAAUUUUCAACCUUUCAAGAAGAUCCGGAGAUUCCAGGAAUGUUUGCUGCAAAGUUAACUGAUUAUUAUAAAUCAGGAUAUGAUAGAGGUCAUAUGGCUCCAGCUGCUGAUGCUAGACUUUCACAAGAAGCUCUGAAUGAAACUUUUUAUUUGACAAAUAUUGCACCUCAAGUUGGAGUUGGAUUUAAUAGAGAUUAUUGGGCAUUUCUUGAAGAAUUUUGUAGAAAACUUGUACGUCAAGAACUCUUUACAGAUGUUUACGUAUUUACAGGCCCGGCCUACUUACCGUAUGAGGAAAAUGGUAAUUGGUAUGUGAAGUAUAAACUCAUAGGCACUCCUCCAAACGUUGCAGUUCCAACACACUUUUUUAAAGUAGUAUUAGCCGUUAAAAAUGAUGAUAGUCAAACAAGUGGAAAAUUGUAUGCUCUUGACUGUUUCUUGAUACCAAACCAGUCUAUACCACAUGAUGCUCCACUUGAGAAUUUUGUGGUUCCACUUAAUGCUUUGGAAAGAGCUACUGGUCUAAGAUUUUUUGAAAAUCUUAGAGAGAAAACUGUUCCUCUUUGUGAAGCUACAAAAUGUGUAUUGGUUCCUCCUUUGAAAUGGAUAGAAAGUAAUAGCAAAGAGAG